CAGAAAAAGGGGAGAAAAGAAAAAAGUCUGAAAAGAUCUAGCUUUUUCUGAGCCCAAAAAGAAGAGUUUUUCGGGAGUUCCGAAGAGCAAACUGUUCCGAUUCGACGACUUUGUGCGUGCGUGCGUGCGUGCGAGCGCGGGAUGCCGCCGGCGGCGGCGCUCCCGCUCCCCUCCGGGCGGACGCACCUCUGACAUUCGGACAUCCAGAACCGGGACCGACCCAGCGUCACCAUGACGUCCCGGCUGCUGCUGUUGGGCUUCAUCUUCAGGCUGCUGCUGCCACUCAGCCUCACUGCAGCUGCCUUGCUGAGAUUUAACGGCUUCUCGCUGGUGUACGUCCUCCUGCUCCUCGCGCUGCCGCUGCUGCCCGAACCCGAACCCGGCGCCGCCCUCAACGCAGGCAACAGCAGUCGCUGCGUGACCGCCGUUUGCGUGUCCAGUUUCCUCUUCCUGCUGUUCCAGACGUUCUUCCAGAUCACCACCGCCACCCUCGCGCCCGAGUAUAACUGCACGUCCUGGCAAAAGGCGCUGAGUCAGCUGGGCUUGGUCAGUCUGACGGGAAGCGACGCGGCGUCGGCCGUUCGACACGUCCUCCCGGACGCGGGGGUGCUGCUGGUCGGCCUGCUGGCGUGGAGGCUCGGCACCAAAAGCGGCCCCGAAACACACGCGCAGGAUUGGCGGACUCUCCGCGAGGAAGACGACGGAAGCGCCGGGAAGCGAAUCGUGGCCGAACUGGAAGAACUGCUCAGCAAGACCAGGGCGACGGUCGCCAACGCCUUGACCGCCGGGGGAAAACUUCUGCUCACGGUUUUACUGGGACUCACAGGCGUGGUGCUGCCCUCCCUCUCCUCCCUCCCCUACCUGCUUUCCUUUCAGGCGGUGUGCACCUGGUGGUCUUGGAGCGGCGGGUUUCCGCCCCUGCUCUUCAAGUGUUUGUCGCUGAUGUCGCUGAUUUAUUCCGCCGCCCACUUUCUGUUGGUCUACGCCUACCAGCUGCCGUCGCUGCAGGAGGCGUGGCUUCCCGAUCAUCCCUCGGCCAGCGUGUUCGGCCUGGUGCCUCUGGUGUCGGUGGACUGCGCCGCCCCCUGGAGGAUGCGAGUCAACCCCGAGCUCAGCUGGUUUCACUUCGUCAGCCCUCUGACGCUCCUGACGCUCUACCACGUCGUCGCCGGACUGCGACGGAACCGGAUGUUGGACGUCGGUGACCCGGCGGCCCACGACCGCGACGUUACGGCCGACGACGGCUCGGUCGGCGAGGGUGUCAGAAGUGACGCGACGGCAGAGAGACGGCGAGAACUCUGGAGAAAAGCGCACGACGAGCGUGACUACCCUCUGGAUUCCUCUGACCUCGACAGUCCCUCUGAGUCUUUAGCCCCGCCCACUCAGAGCACACCCUUGGAGUUGGACACGCCUCAAUACUCGUUCAGUCAGUCAGACACGCUGGAGACGUGCGCGUUUGACGGCGACGCGGGCGGUUGGGGCGAGGACCCGGAAGCGGCGGAGGGAGCCUCGGGCGCGGCUCGGGCGGCGUCGGGCUUCCUCCUGAAACAGAGUUACAUCGCCGCCCUGGUGGCCAUGAUGGCCUGGUCCAUCACCUACGUGUCGUGGCUGACCUGCGUGCUGCUGCUGUGGUCGUGCGCCCUGUGGAUGACGCGCCAGCGGCGCCGUUACACGCUGGCAUCGGCGCCGUGGCUGGUGGCCUACGGCAACCUUCUGCUGCUCCUGCAGUACGUCUUCAGCUUCGCCGCCGUCCGACAAGUGCCGGGACUCUUUCCCAAAAAGGAAGACCCCUGCAGGGAGCUGGCCUCCAAGCUGCUGUGUCUGCUGACCUUCUGGAUGCUGCUGCGUCAGGCUCGCACGGAGAAGAGAGAGGGACAGAACGACUCCCGGCUGUCCGCCGUGGCCGUCGGCGGCCGAGGUGAGCGAUCGGCGACGUCCGCCGCGGCUUUUGUUUGUCCUGACGGCCGCCCUCCCUCUUCAGACGAGGAGAAGAUGGAGGAGAUUUCCUACGAGAAGGUUCUCCUGAUGAAAGGAGGGGUUCAGAUGGACGCUCUGGUGGCCGUGGUGACCAGGAUGUUUGUCAAAUACUGGAUCUACGUCUGCGGGACCAUGUUCUUCUUUGUCAGUUUCGAGGGCAAAAUGGUGCUGUACAAGGUCAUCUACAUGGUGAUGUUCUUGUGCUGCGUGGCCCUCUACCAGGUCAGGAAUAUUGGGCCGGCCGGCCGGCCGGUUUCAGACCAGAGCGCUGACCUCUGACCGGCGUGUCCGCAGUUGAACUACGAGAAGUGGCGGGCCUUGUUGCGAGGCUUCUGGGUGGCCGUGGUGGUUUACUCCAUGCUGGUCCUCUUUCUGAUCUACACUUUUCAGUUCCCCUCAUCCCUCCACACUUGGACCUACUACACUGGACUUAGCACUCACAGGUUGGAGGAUUUAGGUUUGGAAAAGUUCUCUGUUCCAGUCCUCUUUACAAGGAUCUUCAUCCCCACAGCUUUCCUCCUGGUGUGUAUCGUUCACCUGCACUACUUCCACGAGCCUUUCCUCCAGCUGACAGACCUCAAAACUGUGGUGGACACGCACAACAGCACCAUCACCAGGUUGGUCCACGCCGAGGGCAGCCUCGCCGACGUGUCGGCGGAAGGAGCUUCUCGGCUCUUUGAGGACAAACGGGAAGGAGACUUGACGUCGGAAAAAGAGCGGCAGGCAAAGUGGAGACCGGAAGAAGAAGAAGAAGAAGAGGAGGAGGAUGAAAAGGAGUUCCCGUGCACUUUUGAGGAAGAAAGUCUUUCGGAAAACACCGCGGCAUUGGUGUCCUGGAGAUUGGUGGUGGACCGUCUCUCCGUCUUGUUCCUGCGACUGCUCCUGUCUCUGCAGCGCCUCCAGCGUCUUCUGUGGUGGCUGCUGGAACUGCACAUUGUGAAAAUCGUCUCUUCUUACAUGAUCUGGAUCUCCGUCAAGGAGGUGUGUGUGUUCAACCUGCUGUUUGUGGCGUGCGUGGCGGUGGCGCUACCUUGUCGAGCCUGGCGCCCCCUGCUGGCGGGAGUCUGCACCGUCUGGACCUGCGUGGUGGCCAUUUGUAAGAUGUUGUACCAGCUCAACAUUGUCCAGCCCCGCACGUUCAAUUGCACAACGCCAGGUAACUCCACUAGCGACCUGUCUACCUCGAGACUGUACGCCGCUCCCGUCGACCCCGCCCAGUGGGUGGGCCUUUUCAAAUACGAGGGCAAACUCCUGGACUACUUGAGGCCCAACCUGAUGCUGCUAGCGCUGUUAGCUUUCGAGGUGACCGUUUCCAGACAUCAGCAACUCUACCGUCUCCGCUCCGACAAAGUCCCGCCGCCGAGCAGAACUCUGUUCCACGACGUCGACAGGCGCGACCUGGACCGAAACGUGACGAGCUGCGCCAAAUACUUCCUCAACUACUUCUUUUACAAGUUCGGACUGGAGACCUGCUUCCUGUUGGCGGUCAACGUGAUCGGUCAGCGGAUGGAUCUGUUCGCCGUGGGCCACGCCUUCGGGCUCAUCGGCGUGCUGUCCAGGCGCAGCAGGGAGCGAAUGGGCCAGGUGUGGCCAAAGUACUGCUACUUCCUGUCGAGCCUCUUGUGCUUCCAGUAUCUGCUGUGCAUCGGAUUCCCGCCCGCCGCCUGCAAAGAUUAUCCGUGGCGGCCGCCGACGUCAAACGUGGACUCCAACGUGGUGAAGUGGCUUUUCCUGCCGGAUCACCUGACUCCGCCGAACCCUCUCUUCCUCUUGUACGACUUCCUGCUGGUGCUGGGCGCCUCGCUGCAGCUUCAAGUCUUCCGGGACGAGCGCGACGCGGUUUUCCGGGCGUCGGCGGGGGACAACGACGAGCCGGACGGCGAAGACGCCGACGAUCCCGUCGGGAGGCUCCGUCUCUGCGCCGUCCCCGACUUCAUGCUGUGCAGGUCUUACCUGGAUAUGAUGAAGAUCAUCAUUUUUAGCUACAUGUUCUGGUUCGUGCUCACUAUCAUCUUCAUCACCGGAACCACCAGGAUCAGUAUUUUCUGUAUGGGCUACCUGGUGGCGUGCUUCUAUUUCCUGUUGGUGGGCGGAGACCUCCUGCUUAAACCCGUCGGUUCCAUCCUGGUUUAUUGGGACUGCCUGAUUGGCUACAACGUCUUCGUCAUCACCAUGAAGAACGUCCUGUCCAUCUUGGCCUGCGGUUUUAUCAAGUCGUUGGUUGUCAACCACUGCUGGCUGGUUCAGCUCUUCAGCCUGGCCUGCACCAUUCGCGGAUACGCCAAGCCGGAGCAGCAGAGCAGUAAACAAUGCGAACUGCCCAGCGACGAGGCGGGAAUCAUCUGGGACGGCGUUUGCUUCUGCUUCCUCUUGCUGCAACGGAGGGUCUUCAGGAGUCAUUACUUCCUCUACGUGGUUUUAGACCUGCAAAAUACACAACUGCUGGCCUCAAGGGGGGCGGAACUUUUCGAGGCAUCCACCGUCAAAGCGGUGAGGGCGAGACUGGAGGUGGAGAAGAUGUCCAUGGACCUGCUGAAGAAACAGAUGGAGAGGAUUAAAUGUCGUCAGCAGAAGUUCCGCAGAGGAAAAGAGAAAAUGCUCAGUUUGAGCCAAAAGAGCGACGGUGCGCACGUGUCGGUAGCCUAACCAACGACGCCGGCGCCUCAACUUUAUUCCUUCCUUCCUUCAGCUCCGGAAAAGUCGAAAGGGAAAACGCAAGGGGAUUGGUGGAGACCGUGGGUCAACCACGCCUCCAUGGUAAGGAGCGGCGACUACUUCCUGUUUGAGAGCGACAGCCAGGAAGACGAGGAAGAGAAAAAGGAUGAGGAAAAAGAGGAGGAAGACCAGGGUCCCGACAAGUCUGCUUUUCAGUUUGUGUACCACGCCUGGAUAACAGACUCCAGGACCGCCUUGCGAGCUCGCCACAGCCAGAAGAAAGGGAAGAAGCCCAGGCUGAAGACGAGGACCUCGUCGUGCGAUCGAAGCGGAGGAGAGGAGAAGUCAACGUGCGGCGCCACCGAGGAUUCUGAGGACGAUGCGGAAGGGAACAAGGAGGACGGACCGGACACGGUCUUGCAUCGGGCCGCCAACAUCCUUCGCUUCUGCUGGGUUCUGUUAUCGGCCCUGCUGGACUCCUUGACCUCUUGGCUCUGCGGUUUGUGUCGCGAACACGUAGACAUCUCCACCGUCCUGCGCAUCGAGCGCUGCAUGCUUACCCAGCAGGCCAAGCAGGGUCAGGUGCCGUCCAGAGAAGCCAUCCACGUGUACUACCAGGAACAGAUGAUGAGGAGUUCCGCUGAAUUAGGAACUGACCUUGACAUUCCCGAGGGAGAGGGCCAGACGGCGGAUCCGGAAGAAGAGCAGACCUCGGAAGCGGGAUGUGGACCCUCGCUCGCUUCGAGAGACGGAAUCGAAGCCCAGACCUUCGCGGUUCUCCCGAGAGAGGACUGCUCAGAAUGUCUCGCGGCCGCCAGAAGCCGCCGCCGCCGCCCCCGCCGCCGAGCAAAACUGAGUAGGAUGAAGAGAGUGGCGUCGUCUUCGUCUUCAAGCGAAGACGACCACAGGGCCGCCUGCCCCAGCUCUCAAACGUCCCCCCCUUCCUACAGCCGCGCUCUGGGUUUGGACCUCCAAGACCCGGAAAGUGUACAGGACAGUUCCAAAGAGGCAACGCGCAGGACGGCGACAGGACAAAGAAGGGAGCCGUUACUCUCUGCUCGCGCCUCCGCUUCCUGUCUGUUGGCGUCACGUCCUCAGGAGCUGACGGCGAGUGAGCUGCUGAAGAACAGGACUUUCCAAAAUGCAGAGCUAGAGGCAUCAGAUGGUUUCUAUCGCGACCAACCUCAGCUGCUCCAGCUAUGCUACGCCUUCUACAACAUUCUGGCUGCCAGGUCAGAGACGGUGUGCUACCUGGUCAUCGUCUUGAACCACAUGGUAUCUGCCAGCUGUCUAACCUUGGUACUUCCCGUUCUGGUGUUUCUGUGGGCAACUCUCUCUGUUCCGCGACCCAGCAAGACUUUCUGGAUGACGGCCAUCAUCUACACUGAGGUCACCAUUGUGAUCAAGUACUUUUUCCAGUUUGGGUUCUUUCCCUUCAACCAGAAACUAGAGGUGGACCGCUCAAAGCCCUUCCACCCACCCAACAUCCUGGGGGUGGAGAAGAAGGAAGGCUACGUGCUUUACGACCUGCUGCAACUGCUUGCUCUCUUCUACCACCGAGCCAUACUCAAGUGCCACGGACUUUGGGACCAGACCGUCUCCGCCGACCCUAAAAGUAACCUCGAGGACCAAGCAGAAUUUAGCCACGCUUCCACGCCCGUCGACACAAUGCCCUGGCGUGGUGUCGGGCAGACCCGAUUAAGCCCCGCCCAGCUAUACUCGCCCGCAGGCAGCCCGAGAUCCAUAGACCAGCUCAGCAAGUUGGAGCUGCUCCUGGAGAAACUGAUGGAACUCUCCAUUCGUUGCAAGCAGUACUGCGUUAGCAGGUGCGAGUCUCUUUACGCUCCGGUCAGUCAGUUCUUCCAAGCUCUGGUCCAACCGGAAUACAGUGCCGUCACAGACGUUUACGUCCUCAUGUUCCUGGCGGACACCGUCGACUUUGUUAUCAUCGUCUUCGGCUUCUGGGCCUUCGGGAAACACUCAGCAGCCGCUGACAUCACUUCCUCCCUGUCAGAGGAUCAAGUUCCCGAAGCGUUCUUGGUCAUGGUUCUGAUCCAGUUCGGUACCAUGGUGAUAGACCGAGCUCUGUAUUUAAGAAAGACCGUGCUGGGAAAGUUGGUCUUUCAAGUGAUUCUGGUAUUGGGAAUCCACUUCUGGAUGUUUUUCAUCCUUCCGACUGUCACUGAAAGACGCUUCAACCACAACUUGGUGGCUCAGCUGUGGUAUUUCGUCAAAUGCAUUUACUUCGGCUUAUCGGCGUAUCAGAUUCGCUCAGGUUAUCCGACCCGGGUUCUUGGGAACUUCCUGACCAAGAGCUACAACUACCUCAACCUCUUCCUUUUCCAGGGUUUCCGUCUAGUUCCUUUCCUGACCGAGCUGCGGGCGGUGAUGGACUGGGUUUGGACCGACACCACCUUGUCUCUGUCCUCCUGGAUCUGCGUGGAGGAUGUUUACGCCCACUGCUUUGUCUUAAAGUGCUGGAGAGAGUCUGAGAAGCGAUACCCUCAGCCUCGUGGGCAGAAGAAGAAACGAGUGGUGAAGUACGGUAUGGGAGGCUUGAUCGUUCUGCUGCUGAUCUGCAUCGUCUGGUUUCCUCUGCUCUUCAUGUCCCUUAUCAAGUCUGUCGCCGGGGUCGUCAACCAACCGCUGGACGUUUCUCUGACUGUCACUUUAGGAGGCUUUCAGCCUAUCUUCACUAUGAGCGCGCAGCAAAAUCAGCUGAAAGACUUGACGGAGGAGGACUUUAGAGCCUUCGUUAGUUCCUACAGUUACACCCCAAGCGCUUUGCAGUUUCUGGAAGCGUACACCCACGAGGAUGUGACGGUGGCUGAGCUACAAGGUAGCAGCAACUCUCUGUGGACCAUCAGUCCACCGAGCAGACGAUACCUGAGCCAGGUGCUCAACCUGGACCACUUUCCCCUGACCUUGUCCUGGACUGUUCAGAGGAACUUAAGUCUCGGGGCGAAAGCAGAGCUGGCCUCAGGUAAACACGUGACCUACCUGAAUGAUCAGACUCGACUGGAGCUGAUCCAGCUGCUGAAUGGUACCAGAACACUUCCCGUCGUGAUUGACGGAGUGUUGCCGUCGUUCUUACGAGCGCCCAGCGAUUCCAACGCCAAACCCAUUGAGCAGCUCUACCCAGACGGCUGCUACAAGGACAUUUUGUUGUCCCUCGAGCGAACGGCCAACGAGAGCCGGGAGAUUCAGGAAUGGUGGAUUGUCGACCAACCGGCCUCCGGCCUCGUCCGUUUGGGAGGCGCCGCUUCAUCGGACAACGGGAGAGAGGCGGGGCUUCAGCUCUUUGUCUUCAGCGACAAAGUCAGUCCGCCCAGUCUGGGCUUCCUGGCCGGAUACGGGAUUAUGGGAUUGUACGCUUCGGUGGUGUUGGUCAUCGGAAAGUUUGUACGGGAAUUUUUCAGCGGAAUCAGUCACUCCAUCAUGUUCGAGGAGCUGCCCUGCGUCGACCGCAUCCUCAAACUUUGCACAGACAUCUUCCUGGUGCGAGAGACGGGGGAAUUGGAGCUGGAAGAGGAGCUUUACGCCAAACUCAUCUUCUUGUACCGAUCGCCAGAGACUUUGAUCAAGUGGACCAGGCGCUGACGGACGGAACGCGACCUCACCGGGAUUCCGUUUCAAUCUUACGAGAGCGGCAGGUGACGGAGAGUCUCCGGAUGACCUCGCGCUCUUCUUCGGAGGUCCCUCCCUCCCUCCCUCCCAAAUAUGUUCAUGUCGUAAAGCUGCGGAACUGGAAACAAAAUGAAUACUUCUGGAAAAUGUCGGACAUUUUUUCACUGACUGUUCAAGCACUGAAUUGGGAAAAGUAUCAUGAAAUGUUAAUAAACUUUCAGAACUGGAAUUCUGAUUUGUGAGGAGUGAAGUCACAGCGGCAUGUAGCACUUCUGCAAAAUGAUAAG